CAAACAGUUACCACGGGUCUAGGCUGAUAAUCAAUGGUAAAGGCCAGGAGAUACUUGUCUUUAAGGACAGGUAUACUUAUAAUUGUGCAUUCCAUUCAGUGAUGUGUGUGUGCCUAUGUGAAGACAAACAUAAUGACUUCAUAUACAGGUUUGACUUGCAUGGUGAUGAGGGUUACAAUGGUUCACCAAUUGUUGUGACCACAGAGGAAGAGGAGGAUGGUUCAGGAGACCAAGAAUUUGUGACAAUUGAUUCCCUCUUCCAGGAAAAAUUGAAUGGUCGGUUUUGGGUUGCUGGUGAAGUCAUUGAUAUAGAAACUGGAGAUGGAUGGUGGUACUUGGCUUGCAGAGAAUGUGCCAGGAAGGUGGCACCAAAAUGUGGCCGUUUUGAAUGUCUAAAUCCAAC